ACACGCCUCACGGGAAUAAAAGGAACUAAAAGUCGCGGUUAUCAUUGAGCACACGACAGUGUAGCAUAGGAUUUUUCAAGUGUACGUUGUAAAUACUUUAAUUGUAAUUAGAAUAAUUAAUAGGAUAUUAUAGUAGUUGACAUGACGGAGGAACUCAAAUUGGAUCAUCGUGCUAAGAAAAGAAUAAAGGAAGUUAAAAGAAAAGCUAGACCAGAACUUGGAGAUAAAAUAGCUUGGACUCAGCAUGGAUAUAGUAAAAAGUUUGAAACUUUUUGGAAUUUCCAAGAUAAUGUGGAACGCAUAGAUGAAUCUAUAGUAGUUACUGAAGAAUUUAUUGAAAAAUAUGAGAAACCUUAUAAACCUGUGAUAAUACAAGGUGUUCAAACUGGUUGGAAAGCCCAACAUAAAUGGACUAUAGAGAGGUUAGUAAAAAAGUACAGAAACCAAAAGUUUAAAUGUGGGGAAGAUAAUGAAGGAUAUAGUGUUAAGAUGAAAAUGAAGUACUAUGUACGAUAUAUGCUCAACAAUGAAGAUGAUUCUCCUCUGUACAUCUUUGAUAGUUCGUUUGGAGAACAUCCUAGACGGAAAAAGUUAUUAGAAGAUUAUGUUAUUCCAAAAUAUUUUCGUGAUGAUCUUUUCCAACAUGCUGGUGAACAUCGUAGACCACCGUAUCGGUGGUUUGUUAUGGGACCUGCCAGAUCUGGUACAGGUAUUCAUAUAGAUCCAUUAGGAACUAGUGCAUGGAAUGCACUGAUUUCGGGUCAUAAGCGUUGGUGCCUCUUUCCUACCCAUACCCCGCGUGAGCUUCUAAAAGUAACUGCAGCUGAAGGUGGAAAACAGAGAGAUGAAGCUAUAACAUGGUUUUCUGUUAUUUAUCCACGUACAAAGUUACCUACGUGGCCUCAAGACUGCUUGCCAAUAGAGAUUUUACAAAAUCCUGGUGAAACAGUCUUUGUGCCGGGUGGUUGGUGGCACGUUGUAUUGAAUUUAGAUGAAACUAUUGCAGUUACUCAAAAUUUCUGUUCUCGUACCAAUUUUCCAGUAGUUUGGCACAAAACGAUACGUGGAAGGCCAAAAUUAUCACGUAAGUGGUUAAAAGUACUCAGGGAUAAAGAACCAGAACUUGCAGCACUUGCAGAAACAAUAGAUGUAAAAGAGGAUACAGGAGUAGCCAGUGAUUCAUCAAGUGGGUCUUCGAGUAGUUCUUCAAGCAGUAGCAGUAGUACUAGUCAAUCUGAAGAUGAAAGUGCAGAUGACAGUGGUCAAGAGUCGCUUACGGCACACAAAAAAAAGAAAAGAAGAAAAUUGAAUAACAGCCAACCCUGACAAUAUCGAGUACAUGGGACCUACAAAGAUCUCAGACUGUACAGUAUUAACCAACAAUUAUUGUUUGUACUAAAAAUAAAUAUUAUAAUUAUUACCACCCUAAUGUUCAUAAUAAAAUAAAUGCUAGAUAAUACCAAA